GACAAUCUACCAUCACUAGUUGAUGUUACGUUACGUCACGCAUAACAGCUGGUCACACAGCUGCUUCGCCGCGUUGAGUUUGUCGUAGAAAAUAAUGAAUUUCUUGAAAAAGGUGACUACGCAAAUAUUGCCGCUGGCUGAGGCACAGCUCAGCCUGAGCAACAAAUCAGCAUUGCACACCAGCGCAGUUUGCUGUCGCGUGCAGUCCGGACGUUACCGCAUAACCGUAAAACGGGAUCGACCGCUCACCUACGAGAUGGCCAAUCCACCGCAUUUUAUUGGACAUCGCAAGACGUGGAACUCUUGGAACACAUCCACUCUUAAGGAUGCCUUGCGUCCAUCUCAGACAGCAAUUGAGGAUGUCUUCAUUCGCAAGUUUAUAACUGGCACCUGGCAUGCGCUUGUCUGUUCCGAAAUCAUUAUCAAGCGACAACACAAUACAAUACGCAUCGCUGCCAUCAUACGACAGGCGAUUAGCCCCCGCAAAAUGUACUUCCUUAUUGGCUACACGGAAGAGCUGCUCUCCUAUUGGAUGCAAUGCCCCGUCACUCUGGAGUUCCAAACGGUGGCCGACAAGAAGGACGUGGUCUUUAAAUAUAUUUAGUACCUAAACGUUUUUACUUGUCUAUUCAAUACAAUUAUACUUCUAGUACAUA